AUGAAUCCAUCAAUUUACACUUGUAGUAGCUUGGUGUCCCUAAGGUUUGAGGGAAUGAGCUUACCUAAUCCUGAGCGUGUUUUGUUACCUUCUCUCAAAGAGAUUGUUUUAAUUGUCGUUGAGUACACCAACCAAUGGGCAUUAGAGAAGUUAAUCUCACAAUGUCCAGUUCUUGAAAACGAAACUAGUGAAAAUUACUAUAUGGUUGACCUUACUGUUAAUGCCAGACCUUUGAAUCUGUUAUCAUCUCUAGAGUAUGUUGACAUAGAAAGGCCAUUCAAAGGGGAGGCGUUGGAGAUGGCACUAGUGGGUUACUUACUCGAGCACUCACCAAACCUCAAGAAACUAUCAUUAAGUUUGCAUGAUUCACUAAAGAAAGGAGAAUCUGUCGACAAGCUAAUAUUAAGCUUGGAUGAUGCCCCAAAGAAAGAAGAACCUGACAUCUUCAUAGAACUAC